AAUGAAUUAAUACAUAAAAUUGCUUCACAUAAACAAAAGCAAAAUGGCUACCAAAACAGCAGCAACACUCAUCCCUCUCCUCACUCUCUGCGUCUCCUCAUUCCUCUCCACAAUCCCUUCUCUCUCCGCCGCCGCUCCCUGCAGCCCCCAAUCAUGCCACGCCGCCUUCGGCCCGCAGAUCCGCUUCCCUUUCCACCUACUCCACCGCCAAUCGCCCAGCUGCGGCGGCCGAUCGGGCUUCGAGCUCCGCUGCAACCACCGGAAUCAGACGAUCCUAACCCUACCUCACUCCGGCGCCUUCGUGGUGGACCACAUAGACUACGCCUCUCAAGCGAUCUUCAUCAACGAUCCGAACUCGUGCCUGCCGCGUCGGAUCCUCAAUUUCUCGGCUGCCGGCUCGCCAUUCCGCGGCGCUUACACUAGGAGCUACACGUUCCUCAAUUGCUCCUCCGAUUUCAUGGAUUACGAUCCUGCUCGGUACACGCAGCUCGAUUGCCUGAGCGGGAGGAACCACACCGUUCUCGCGAUGAGAUCGGAUCCGACGGCCGCGGCGCCGGCGACGUGCAGGAGGAUUAAGAGCGUGAGGGUGCCGAUUGAGUGGGAGCUGUCGCAGUUCGAGUGGACGCAGAUGGAUUUGAGGGAUGAUUUGGAGCUGGUGUGGAAUGAUCCGCCCUGCCGGAAUUGUGAAAUUGGGGGCGGGAUUUGCGGAUUCAGUGAGGGCUCGACAGUUGCCUGCUUCCGCCAUUCUGGAUCCGGUCUUCCAAGGAGUGCAAAAUAUGGAAUUAUAAUUGGAGUGGGAAUACCGGGAUUAGUAUGUCUUAUAGGGCUCAUAUGUUACGCUUGUGGCAUGAUUCGGGCUUUUAACCUCCGAAGUAGCAUCAACUCCAACCUCCCGAUGACAAUCUCCGACCAAAGGCCUGUGAUUAGGUCGGUGAGCGGCCUCGAUGGGCCCACCAUACAGUCGUACCCAACGACAGUGCUAGGGGAAAGUCGUAGACUUCCCAAAGCAAAUGAUGUUUGUUGUCCAAUUUGUCUCUCUGAUUACCAACCAAAAGAGACUUUAAGAAGUAUUCCCGAGUGUAAUCACUAUUUUCACGCAGAUUGCUUAGAUGAGUGGCUUAAGCUCAAUGGCUCUUGCCCUUUGUGUAGAAAUUCGCCGGUCAGCUCAGUUGCCACCCCGUGUUUCUCACUGUCUGUGUCGUCUUCUGGUUCGUCACCAUCAACUUCGGGUAUUUCUUAGAAUUUUCCUAGCUUUUCUCACUCCACUCAUUUUUCUAAUGUUUUGUGUACAUAGUAUACUCCAUAUGAAAUCUUUGACACGAAAAAGAAUAAAUAUAGUAUACUCUCAUACGAGUUUUUUUUG